AUGAAGAGGGAGGUUUCUGCCCUGAAAAAGGAGAACAAGACUCUUGAAUCAAAGAUGAAAAAGCUGGAAGAUCAGGCCGAGGCUGCCACUAAGGCCCAACAGAUGGCCGAAGAAAAAGCGGAGUCUGCUGAGGCUAUAAGAAAAGUUGCUGAGGCCGAAAAGAGAGAGGCCGAGGUCAAAAAGGCCCAAGCUGAAAAAGAGCUUCAGAAGGCUCUGGUAACCAAAGAAGCCGAAAUCAAGGAAGCUGAUGAGAAGGCUUACGCCCAGGGCAUAGCUGACGUCACUGAGGAAUACAAACUUCAACUUAACAUUCCUGACGAUUCGCCACUGCGUAAAGCUGACGUUAUUCCUCUGCUGUUCCCCCCACCUCCUCCAUCAAGUCAACCUGAAGGAGAGUCUGAAUCUGAGCCUGAAGGUGAGGAGGAAGGUGAGGACGAGGCUUUAGUAAGGAAGUCCAAGGAGGCUGGUGAGAUCAAGUCUCCUCCUCAGGAUGAUCAAGUCCUAGACUUGACUCAUGAGGAGGAUGAGGAGGUUAUCAAGGAGGCCACUCCUGAGAAAGCGUCAUCUAAUGUUCCUCCAGUUGGCAAGAGCGUUGAUGAAACACUUACCGAGAUCGACGCCGAGAUCGCCGCAGAUAAGGAAGCCGAGGUAUCUCUCCAGGAGACUUCUGAGGUUCAGAUCCAACCAGUUGUUGAUGCUGAAAAGUCUUAA